GAACGCCUGCGCGCGUCUCCCCUCCUCGCAGUCGAGCUCGACCACAUCUCGCCAUGUCCAACCCAAUGAAAGCCUCGACGUCUUCAGCGCCCGUCGCCCACAACGCCCUCCCGCCUCCCUCUACCGCCUCUGCAUCGCGCUCGUCUCGUCUUGGCCUCACUCUCGAGGGUUUUGCGAAUGCUGAUGCCGCAGGGUUCAUCGGACAGACGACCGCACGUGAAGGAACAGCCUGCGGCAUGGUCGUCGAGCUCGUCAAGUCGCGUAAGUUCUCUGGACGCGCUCUCCUGCUCGUCGGUGCGCCGGGUACGGGAAAAACUGCACUCGCCCUUGCCAUCUCGCAAGAACUUGGUGUGAAGGUCCCAUUCUGUCCUAUGGUUGGCUCGGAAGUGUACAGCACGGAAGUCAAUAAGACGGAGGUUCUCACAGAAGCAUUCCAUCACGCUAUAGGCGCGUCUCCUCUCGAAACAAAAGAGGUAUAUGAGGGUGAAGUGACGGAGCUCUCACCGGCGGAGUAUGAAAAUCCUCUGAGCAGGUACGGAAAGAUCGUCUGUCGUGUCAUCGUUGGGCUCAAGACAGUCAAGGGCACGAAGCAGCUGCGGCUGGACCUGAGUGAGGCUCUCCUCAAGGAGAAGAUCGUGGUCGGUGAUGUGAUCUACGUCGAAGUAGGAACAGGUGCGGUGAAGCGGGUCGGACGCUCAGACACAUAUGCAUCAUCUUAUGAUCUAGAGUCGGAGACAUAUGUACCUUUGCCAAAUAGCGAGGUGCACAAGCGCAAGGAACUCGUGCAGGACGUGAUGCUCAGUGAUCUCGAUGCGGCAAAUGCACGACCGCAGGGCGGCCAGGACAUCAUGAGUGUGAUGGGCAGUCUCAUGAAGAGCGGCAGAACAGAGGUGACGGAGAAGCUGCCCCGCGAGGUGAACAAGGUUGUCAAGAAGUAUGUCGACCAAGGCGUCGCCGAGGUCAUCCCGAGUGUUGUCUUCAUCGACGAAGUACACAUGCUUGAUAUUGAGUGCUUUACGAACCUCAAUGCUCUGCUAGAGUCUCCCAUGGCGCCAACAGUGAUUCUCGCUACCAACCGGGGCAACUCACUCGUCCGGGGAACGAUCAAUAUCGUGGCACCACAUGGGAUCCCAGUCGGCCUUCUUGAUAGAUGCCUCAUCGUCAAAAUGGACAGUCACACCCACGAAGAGAUUGCAAAGGUCGUCCAACUCCGCGCUGAUGUCGAAGGUCUGCAACUCGGCCCCGGCGUCCUCGACAAACUUGCACAGCGCGGCGAGACGACCUCACUUCGUCGAUUCGGACAUGUCGUGGCUCAUCUCGCUCGCAAUAAGUACGCACUGCAGCUCCUCACACCGGCCUCGAUUCUCGCAGGUUUGGCUGGCUGCAAGCAGAUCGAGCUGGAGGAUGUCAACGAGAUGGGUUGAGCUCUUCUUGGAUGCGAAGAUAAGCGCGGCGGCGAUCGGCACGGAGGGCAGGUUCAAUGCGGAUAAAAUGCUGUAAUGUUUGCACAUGAGCGAGCGGAUGGUGGCAGGGUGUGAAUGCGAAGGAGCUUGAGCAAAACAUUGACGAGCCUGGCAUGGUCGUCUGUUUCAUACAUAGCAGUACUGAUUCCCGAUGUAUUAGAUCCUCAAGGCGUGCAGCAUGACCCGCACGCUCA